UAACGAACAUAUUGGCAAACAUUGGGUUAUGGCUGUGGAAUGGCUUCAAGAAGAGCUUGAUAAGCAGCGAGGAAUUGGUUGUCAAUAUAAUUACUCUUGGUCUCCUCCAGCUCAAAGUAAUGACAACACUAAUGGAUAUAUGUUAGAGCGGUCUCAAUCAGCGAAAAACACUUGGUCGCUAGCUUAUGAAUUGUGCCAGGAUGAAGACCAGGAUGAAACAAUCGAGUCAGAUACAGAUAUAAGGAGCGAUGGAUCCAAAGUUCAGUCCUUUGUUCUGGAAAACACGACCGCAAACACCGCUGCAGAUACAGCUGUUGUUACUGCUUUCUCUACGAAACAACAUUCAACUACUCGAGAAGUUCAGCCAGUUGUAUUGUCCGAAGAUAUAAGUGAAACAUUUAAUGUAAAUACUGCAGAAAAUGUCAGUAUAAAUGAAGUGUACAGUCUUAAUAAUGUAUAUACUAGCUUAAAUGAACUAAGGCUGUCACCAAAACCGGUAAAUAAUAAGUAAUUUAAAAAUGUUAAAUGAGUUUUUUUAGAUUUUCAUUCCUUAGAUUCCAAUAUAAAAUUUAUUUAAAUUACAUGAAUACUGUUUUUAAAAAUUAAGUGAAAUUUUUAACCAUAUUUAAGUCAAAUGAAGUUGUUUUUGUUUUGUUAAAAUAUUCAAUUUAAGGGCCUUUAGUUUGGCGUUUUGUGCCUGUGGAUCCCACAUGGACUCAUCAUCAUUGUGUUGCAUUAUUUAUUUCAUUUUUUUUUAAAUAAGUUAGUUAUGUGAAUGAAACGAACUUGAUAACCACGUGUAAAUAAAGAAAAUAAUUGUCACAACAA